UCGGUGGCACGUACGAAGUUCCCAACAAACUAAUUCUGGAGGACAUGGCUCUGCUGAGAUGGAGGAAACUCAGGACUUUUGUUCUCCUGUUUUGCAUCAUCACGUUCACGACAUUCCUGUUCAGGUACACAUUCCGAGACCCUUCGCUGCACUUCUUUAAGCACGCUUUUCACCUGCCAGACAACUUCUUCUCCAAAGGACAGUGCGCCUGUCGACGCUGUAUGAUCGAGCCGGAGGACGACCCCUGGUUUACCGAGCGCUAUCAGUCCAUUCACCCUCUCAUGACCAGAGAGAACAGCGUCCUCUCUGACGAAACCUUCAGGUGGUGGCAGUGGUUGCAGUCAGAGAAGCAGCCAGCAAACUUCAGCGAAGUGGUUGAGGAGCUGUUCCAACUCAUCCCAGAUGAGCUGCUCUACAUUGACGCCGGCCCUGAACGAUGCAGGUCCUGCGCUGUGGUGGGCAACUCCGGCAACCUGAAGGGAUCCCAGUACGGCAGCCUGAUUGACUCCAAUGAUCUCAUCAUAAGAAUGAAUCAGGCUCCCACAACUGCUUUUGAAGAGGAUGUGGGUCGCAGAACAACUCAUCACGUCAUGUACCCUGAAAGCGCCGUAGACCUGGACAACACCACCAGCCUGGUCCUGAUCCCGUUUAAGACUCUGGACCUGCAGUGGAUCAUUAGUGCACUGACCACAGGGACCAUUAAACACACAUAUACAGCUGUAAUGUCCAGGAUCAAGGCAAACAAAGACAAGGUGUUGAUUUACAGUCCAUCAUUUUUUAAAUACGUACAUGAGACAUGGCUUGAUGGUCAUGGACGAUAUCCAUCCACAGGCUUCCUCACUUUACUGUUCGCUGUUCACAUAUGCGAUGAGGUCAGUGUGUUUGGUUUUGGUGCAGACCAGCACGGAAACUGGCAUCACUACUGGGAGGAGAACAACCUGUCCGGAGCGUUCCGGCACACAGGGGUCCACGAUGGAGACUAUGAGUAUAAUGUCACCCUGCUGCUUGCAGACAAGAACAAAAUCCGAAUGUUUAAAGGAAGAUGAUGAACCUCCUCCACCCUGUAAUGCUUCUUUUUAAACUAUUGGAUGUUGACUUGUCAUGAUUUCCAAUAAUGCAUUCACGUAUCAGUUCUUAUUUUGU